CCGAGGCUCCUCUCUUUCUAGUGAUGGAGGCGCUCCGGGCUGCGGGGCGAGCUGUGCUCCGGAGCCCCGCCCUCGCCCGCCACCGCUUGGGCGUUGCCCGCCUUCGCCGCCACCGACAAGAACUCCCUGAAUCUUGGGCUGACAUGCGUGAACCCCUCUUGGAGGGCAUGAGUUUUGCCCUGAAGUACCUAGGCAUGACAUUGGUGGAGAAGCCCAAAGGGGAAGACAUGGCAGCAGCUGCCAUCCACCGUAUCAUUGCCAUGGCUCGGGUGGGGCCUAAGAAGUUCCAGAAGAUGAUUCUGACUGUGUCACCCAGGGGCCUCUCUCUGCAAGAUGCUGAGACCAAGGAAACAAUUGAAACGAUCUCCAUUUACAGGAUUUCCUAUUGUACCACAGACAAGCUCCAGAACAAAGUCUUUGCCUAUGUGGCACAGAACCCUCAGAGCGGUGCGCUCGAAUGCCAUGCUUUUCUAUCACCUAAGAAGAAGAUUGCCCAGGCUGUGACUCUCACUGUGGCCCAGGCCUUCCAAGUGGCCUUGGAUCUCUGGCAAGCUGCACAGGCAGGCUCCAGGGAGGAAGAAAAGCACCUUCCAAGGCCAAUGUGCCCCAUAGAAAGCACUUGUCCGCCAGUCAGGACACCUCUGGGCAGCCCCCCGUUCAAAACAGACUUUGAGGAUGAAGAUGAUGAGGAAGGAGAUCUUAAUGAAGCCUUCUCUGGCUGCAUGGAGGAGGGGGGCUGCCCCACCACAGAUGCAGGGAGCCUUACCUUUGGGAGCUCCCCAGUCACACAGUUCUACUCAGUGGCAGCCUGGGGAUGCAGUCCUCCCAGCAAUUGCCUGCCUCCAGGGACACUUUUCUAAAUCUCCUGUUGCUGUCAUCACUAUUCAUCUCCAGCACCACUUUGUUAUCUGCAAUGCAUAAAGAAUGGGCUGAUCUCUCCAGCCAUAGAC